AGGCAGUUAAUUAGUGUUUUAGGACAGAUCAGACAUAUUGUAACAAUGCCUGAAAUAAACACUGACCAUCUUGAUGAGCAGCAGGUUCAACUUCUGGCAGAGAUGUGCAUUCUUAUUGAUGAAGAUGACAACAAAAUUGGGGCUGAGACAAAAAAGAAUUGUCACCUGAAUGAAAACAUUGAGAAAGGAUUAUUGCAUCGAGCUUUUAGUGUCUUCUUAUUCAACACAGAAAAUAAGCUCCUACUACAGCAGAGAUCAGAUGCUAAAAUUACCUUUCCAGGUUGUUUUACCAAUACUUGUUGUAGUCAUCCAUUAAGUAGUCCAGGAGAACUUGAAGAAAAGGAUGCAAUUGGGGUAAGACGAGCAGCACAGAGACGUUUAAAAGCUGAAUUGGGAAUUCCCAUGGAAGAGGUUCUGCCAGAAGAAAUUAAUUAUCUAACACGAAUUCACUACAAGGCUCAAUCUGAUGGUAUUUGGGGUGAACAUGAAAUUGAUUACAUUUUGGUUGUGAAGAAGAAUGUAACUUUGGAUCCAGAUCCCAAUGAAAUUAAAAGCUAUUGUUAUGUGUCAAAAGAAGAACUACAAGAACUUCUGGAAAAAGCAGCCAGUGGUGAAAUUAAGAUAACUCCAUGGUUUAAAAUUAUUGCAGAGACUUUUCUCUUUGAGUGGUGGGAAAACUUAAAUCAUUUGAAUCAGUUUAUUGAACAUGAAAAAAUACAUAGGAUGUGA